AUGGCUUUAGAGUGUUCAGAACAUAACAAAUCACAUAAGUUUAUUUGUUAUCAAUGUAACAGCUUGUUGUGUUCGAGAUGUGUAAAAAAUCAUUCUAAAGAUCAUCUUGAUCAUGAUCAAUGGGAACAUAUCGAUGAUAUCAAACAAUCAUUUAAUAAAGAUGAGAAUAAUACUUCAUUCAUCAAUUUACAACUUAAAUCGAUAUGGGAAUCAUUAAAAUCAUCAACAUCAAGAUAUCAAUCAUUAUCAGCAACAGAGAAUGAAAUCAAACAAUACUUUGAACAACUACAUCAAUAUCUAAUCAUUGAAGAGCAAAAACUAAAGAGAGAUAUAAUUAAUGAUAAAGAUACAAUCAUAAAUCAAAUCGAUAAUAAUAUUAAUCAUUUGAAAUAUAUUGUAAAUAUUAUUAAAAUAAAUAACAGUAAAGAUAAUAAUAGAAAUGAUAGUAAUAGUAAUGAUAAUCAGUCAACAGUGAUAGAGGAUACAACAACACAAUAUUCAACAACGACAACAAUAAUGAAAUCUAUUACAUCAAGUUCAUCAUUACAAUCAUUCAUCUUGGAUAAUAAUCAGACAUUGUUCAAUGAUAAUCAUGAUCCAUUCAAUAUUGAUGAACUUAAAAAUCAACAUAAUAAUGAUUCAUCAUUAUUAUUGGAUAUAAUUUAUAAAUACAACAAUAAAUUCAAUAAAACUGAUAAUAAUAAUAAUAAUACAUCAUCAAUACAAUCAUCAUUAUAUGAAUUAUCAAUCAAACAACCUGAUCUUAAUCAGUUGGAUUCAAUAAUUAAACAAUCAAUCAAACUUGAUAAAAUUGAACCAUCAGAGAACAAUGAAAUAAAUACAACAACAACAAACAACGAUCAUAAUAAACAAUCAUAUAUUUUCACAACACAUCACUUAAGAGGAGCAACACUUAUCAACACAACAAACAACAAUUCAAUCGAGCAAAUCAAUUUUGAUUAUGAUGUUAGUCAUACAAUCCAAUCGAUUGUUUCAAUUGGUGAAUAUAUCUAUAUAUUCGGUGGUUUUAACAAUCCAAACAAAUGGAUGAAGUUCUCAAUUAAAUCGAAAUCAAUUGAACAUAUUGGUAAUAUCGAAGGAAUAGAUGGUGAUUAUCAUAUAUCAGUUUGUUACGAUGGUCAAGAUCAUAUCUAUUUGGUUAAUGGUAACAAAAUUAAGAAUAGAAUUGAUCGAUUCAACAUCAAGACAAUGCAAUUCGAAAGAUAUCAUCGAUUACCUGAUGAAUACGGUCAACAAGCAUCAACAAUGAUCUUCAAAGGUUCAUUGUAUUCAGUAACAUGCGACGGAAAUAAGAUGAUUCAAUUCGAUUUGACCAAUAGAACAAUAGAAAAUCAUCAAAUUGACAUUUCUGCAUUCACAGCAUGUCAUGAUAACAAUGGAAAUUUCUUCAUAUGCAAUUGUAUUAACAAGAGAUUCAUCAAAUACAAUGUUGAGACAAAACAAACAGUCAAUCUCAAAUUUACUCCCAAAAAUCAAUAUGGAUAUGCUUAUUUGAUGUAUCAUCGAGAAUCAUCAACAUCAAGUUUUAUCUAUUCAUUUGCUGGUAAAACAUUUGGAAACUUUAAGUAUUCAAUUGAAGACGACCAAUCUGAACCGAUCCUUGAAGAUGAUAAAUUCGAAAGAUAUUGGUGUGCAGCUACAUCCAUAAAAUAUUAA